CCUCACUUGUGCUCUCUACAAAGCUGUCAAUAAUGGCAAAACUCCUCCAACUCUUCAUCUUCUUAACAACAAUUUUCAAUUCUCACUCACUCAUUUCCGCCAUUGAAUCUCAUUCAAGCUCGUUCUCUUCUUCUCCAUCUUCUUCACCAACAUUUCCUUUCUCUACCUCAGAAUUUGUUACCACACCAGAGUUUCUCUCUCCUCUGAGCUCCAUUACUCACAUUCUCGAUGAACUCGGCUUCCAUGACUUCGCUAUGGCUUCUCGCUCACUUUCUCUCUCAUCUGAAUCGCAUCUUCAAUGGAUUGAUCGUCCUGUCACAGUCUUCGCUCCGUCAGAUUCUUCGAUGCGAACUUGUCCUUCUUGUUCGCUUCCGCUCCUUCUCCAAGAACACUCGAUUCCAGGUUUGUAUCCUCUUGAUUACCUCAGUAACAUCAUUUUUGGCGCGAAAAUCGAGACGAUUUUUCCAGGUCGUUGCUUAACCGUUACCUCUUCCGUGAACGGAACAAAAAUCUUUGUCAAUGGAGCCGAAAUCACUCAUCCAGACCUCUAUGUCGGUAGUCGUAUCAUCAUUCAUGGUGUUCAAGGUUUUCUCUCUCAUCUCUCGCCGUUUUCGUGCUCUACUGAAAAGUUGACGUCACUCGCUCUCCCUCAUCUUUCUUCUCCUUCUACUGCGUUUACUCGGAUAAUGCUCAUUGACACGAUGAUUCGACUUAGAACAAGUGGAUACAGUAUUCUCUCCCUUGCGAUCAAAAUUAAGUUUCAUGAACUUGUCACUCUUCACAAUAUGACGAUCUUCGCCGUUGAUGAUUUCUCCAUCUUCCAUGGCGGACAUGCGUAUGUUCACAGUGUGAGGUUCCAUAUUAUUCCGAAUAGACACUUGAAGAUUUCAGACCUAGAAAAACUUCCAGUGUCGACUGUUUUUCCGACGCUUGAGUCUGGAGAAAGCCUUACAAUUACUAAUACACCAGAAGGUAACUAUCUGUCUCCGAUGAGAAUCAACUACAUCAAAAUCAAGUAUCCAAAUCUUCUCUACAACUCAAAGGUAAUCAUUCAUGGAAUUCCUUGUCCAUUUCCUCAUCUCAGUCAGUCAAUUCCUGUUACUGACCAAAAGAAGUCAGGAUUUUAUCCAAUUACUACUAGUGAGUUUGGUUCUGAUGCGAGAGAGUCCACCGUAAGUAAUGUACGUCAAUCUUCUGAUGCUCCGAUGAAAUCAAAUGAUAUUUUGGAGUGGUAUUAAACAACAAUUCUAAAAUAAUCUUACUAUUAGCAGUCAGCAGUUUUGUUAAUCUUGUCAUCAACAAUACUAUGAGUAUAAUCUUGUUUUAGCUAGUAUGAUGAGUGUAGUAAGUUGUAGUAAGUGGUUAAAGGAGUAUGAUGAUUUUAGCAUAUAAAAUAGUUAGCACUAUGUUCAAUAUCUGUCAUUGUUUUAAUCUUUUGAGUUUUGUAUUGGAAAUGGUUUUCUGCAUUUGUAUGCGUGAUAGAUACUCCUAAUACAAAUUACUACGUAUGGCCGGUGUUACUUCCC